AGCCCAUGCUAUGGAAGCGUUGAGGACCACGCUUGAUAGCACUGACGGGCAAGUGGCUACAGUGAGCCGAACCAGUUCUCCACCUCCGCUAGACGUUCUCACUCCGCCUGUAGUAGCUGAAUAUUGGUGCCAUACUCAGGUAAGCCAAUACAUACACAACCUUUUUACCCUACCUUCCCGUGCCAGGUUCGAGUCACAAAAAUGAAAUACAUUUGGACAAUAAGCAACUUCAGUUUCUGUCGCGAAGAAAUGGGCGAGGUUGUUAAAAGCUCGUUCUUUUCAUGUGGACCAAACGAUAAGCUGAAAUGGUGUCUACGCAUCAACCCCAAGGGACUGGAUGAGGAGAGUCGGGAAUAUUUAUCUCUUUAUCUGCUCCUAGUCAACUGCGGUACAAAAAGUGAGGCUCGUGCGAAGUUCAAAUUCUCCAUCCUCAAUGCGAAACGUGAGGAGACAAAAGCGAUGGAGAGUCAACGUGCCUACCGAUUUGUGCAAGGAAAGGACUGGGGCUUCAAAAAAUUUAUUCGGCGGGAUGUUUUGAUGGAUGAAGCCAAUGGUCUACUUCCCAACGACCGAUUGACCAUCCUUUGCGAGGUAUCUGUCGUCGGUGAGACCCUGUCGGAAAGCGGUCAGGUUAACAACCAACCCAUCUCAGUACCAGAAUGCAAUCUACACGAGGAUAUUGGUAGCCUCCUAUUCAAACAGCUCCUCACCGACGUCACUCUGGUUGUCGUUUCGAACACGGACAGUGCCUGUUCUAGCAAAUGUCAGACUCCAAACGCCCUGACUCAUGGUUCUGGCUCUAGCUACGCACUAGCACGGUCUGAUCAGGUGAAGAAGUACCCACAAUUUGAAUCGGCAGGAGAGGAAGACGAGGAGGAGGAAGAAGAGGAGGAACAAGACGAGGUUGAGGAGGCCGAUGAGUUCGACGAAGAGGAUGAAGACGAUGAAGAACAAGAGGGGAAUGAUAGCGAACGGGAAGAAGACUCACAACCGGUUCCGUACAGACAAAAUAGGAUUUCCUGCGUCCCCGAUGACGCCAGUCAGCCAAGCUAUCAGAAUGUGGUGCCCGCGGAUCGAGGUGAAGCAGAAGCGGCUGCGUCUCGUGGGUCUGGUGCUAGCGAAACUCCGGGCUCGUCAGCGAACUCAGCUCCCGUUGUUCAUCCUAUCCAAGUCACCUGUUUGAAGCCAUCCUCUCUGACCCUAGCACCAGCGACUACCACGAUUGUUGUACCGACGAAAGGGGUAAUUAUUCCCCUCAAUCCGACCUCUCAAACACCUGUGGGGUUUUCCCCUGCCGCCCAAACGCUGCUCGAACCUCACCUGGAUCCUCUCAGCGUCUCUUCAGCUUCCAACGCCUCAGCAACCCCCGUGGUCAGUACUCCGAUCAAUGGAGACUGGCGAUUUACGACUCCGUCCUCAUCUAACAGCGCAACACCCGGUCAAUCCGUUCUUUCCACGGAUGAACGUGAAAUGAAGUCGGACACGAGUUGUGACACUUGUAGCAAAGCGGGAUCAAGCAAUGCUAAAGAUGGUCAGCGCUGCCGUGGCUGUUGUCGUUCGGCCAACGCGACUCCGUCUACUUCGUCCACCGUACCCACUACCAGUGCAUCAUCCAAGUCAACACUGGUACCCGCAGCCGUAGCCAAUCCGACGGACCUCGUCGGCAGUAGCAGUGGGGCUAACGGAUCGUCAUCUUGCACCCAAAGUCUCCAUCCACAUCCAUCAGUACAUUCCAAAGAGAAACCGGACCCCGUCGAAGGUUUGGUCGAAGCUGAGACAUCCACUCGAAUUCGCCGCAGUAAUCGCAGACGAACCACCGCCAACAAUAACACAUCAUCUACAAACACCACAGCCUCUACCAGUGCCACAACACCAACUAGCAAUAGAUCAUCCCGUACCCGUUCGUCCCGUGAGCCCAAUCCCACUACAACCACAGUAACCAAAGCAGCAUCUUCGACCACAACUUCCGCUCCGCAUGCGGCGCCCACUCCUUCCAGUUCGACUGCGAUCGCUGCACAACCUAGCAAGUUUUCCACGUCUACGACAGGACAGUUUUCUUCGAACGCAGUGAGCACAAACUCCCUCUGUGGGUGUAAUGCAUCCAAUGCCACCAGCAGCACGAACAACGCCACAGCAACCACAUCGAACACCGUAGUUCUGCGUCAGUUCGAGGCUCACAAAGCCAUCCUGGCGGCACGAAGUCCCGUGUUUGCUGCCAUGUUCGAGCAUGGGAUGGAAGAAUCACGAGCCAACCGAGUGGAGAUCACAGACAUGGAACCCGACACAUUGGCUGAAGUACUUCGUUACAUUUACACCGGGCAGGUGGUCGGCAUGGACAAGUUGGCCCAUGAUCUUUUGGCGGCAGCAGACAAAUAUCAACUGGAACGACUGAAGACCAUGUGUGAAGAGGCUUUGGUCGAAAGCUUGUCCGUGGAAAAUUGUUGUGAUAUCCUUGGUUUGGCCGAUAUGCACAACGCGGACCAGCUGAAAGCGCACACACUGGAGUUUAUCAUGCUGCACGCGCAUGACGUCUGUGAGACAGAGGGUUAUGACCAACUGGUCAGACAUCGUCCGCGCUUGUUGAACGAGUGCUUUCGCAGUCUUGCAUCCCAGCAACUCCCCCUCCGGUGUUGGGCUCGAAAGCGCCCAAGGCAAUCCUAAUGAGCCCAGUUUCGAACUUUCAAACUAGUACACAAGAUACAUGUGUGCAGUCCAUUUUCGUCUUGUCUCUCACCUCUCCCUCACGUGGUCCUCCCCAGACCCUCCCUCAGACUAGUUAUGCUCCAUAUCGUUCCAAUCUGCAGUUAUUCCAGGUCCAGCUAUGUUUUCUUCGCAUGGGUUUUCAUCACAAUGUGCGCGAUCACUGCUGCUUACCUGAGCCCAUAUGCGCACCAUUCAUUCUACUCUUUUUCUAUACCAAUUGCCGCAUACCAAGUCACGCUGUACGUGCUUUCCUAGAUGAGUCUACCAGUUCCUCUUUUUCUCCGUUCGUUGGUCUGUUUUUGUUAACUUGCUCGUUGCUCGAUUCCUAUGUUAUUUUCGCUGCGUGCUCUUUCCACCCCCAUCUUCUUGCAUUUUUCUCUUACGCUGGAUUGUUCUGCGUUAUCCCACCCCGAGUCGUGUGGGAGUUUUUGCGUAGUGUUCUGUUGUGGCCUGAGACCACACACACACACACACACACACACUGAUCAUUCAACCAAUGAGUUCCGGUUCUCUGUUUUUCUGCCCGUCGACACAUAAUGCAGUUUCUUUUUUUGUGCUUUCACGUGUUGAUCUUGUUAUGUACUGCUCGUCAGAAAAAAAGCUCCUGUUCCUCAGUGAAGCGGUCAUAAAUUUACGGAACUUUAUGAUUGCCUGUUCCGGAAAUCUACCCUUGUUUCCACUAGACUUUGUGCUUUAGUCAGCUAAUUCAGGAUGAGCGC